AUGGCCUUCAGAAUCACUUCAUGGAAUGUGAAUGGCAUUCGCAAUCCAUUUGGGUAUCAGCCAUGGCGGGACAAGAGGACGUUCGAGGGCAUGUUCGACAUUCUCGAAGCUGACAUUGUGGUCUUCCAAGAGACGAAGAUCCAGCGCAAGGAUCUCAAGGAUGACAUGGUGCUCGUGCCUGGUUGGGACAACUACUGGAGCCUUCCUAAGCACAAGAAAGGUUACUCUGGAGUCGUGAUCUACACUCGGAAUGCAACAUGCGCGCCCAUCAGAGCCGAGGAAGGCAUCACGGGUAUCCUCACGCCUCCAAACAGCAGCACGAGCUUUCGAGAUCUACCCGAGGACGAACAUAUUGGCGGCUACCCGACGAUCAGCCAGCUCUCCCAAUCGGACAUCGAUGCUACAACUCUGGACUCGGAGGGAAGAUGUGUCAUUCUCGAGUUCCCAGCCUUUGUGCUGAUCGGUACCUACUGUCCUGCUGAAAGAGACGAGACCAGAACCGAGUUCAGGACAGGGUUUCUAAAUGUGCUCGAUUCCCGAAUUCGCAACCUAGUCAAGAUGGGCAAGCGGGUCAUCUGGACUGGAGACCUGAACAUCUCUCGCGAAGAGAUUGAUACUGCUAUGGCGGAGGAGAUGAUGAGGAAGAAUGGUGUGGAUCCUGUGGGGUGGAUAUCUACGCCAGCACGAAGGCUUUUCAACCAGAUGCUCGUUGGCGGGAAAGUCCAUGGCGAAAGAGACGAGGGUAGAGAAGAUGCUAUCAUGUGGGAUGUGUGUCGCGCGUUCAACGAGGGCAGGAAAGGUAUGUACACCUGUUGGGAGACCAAAGUCAACGCCAGACCAGGCAAUUACGGGGCGAGGAUCGACUACGUUGUUAGCAGCCAUGACAUGAAGGAUUGGUGGUCAGAAGCGAACAUACAGGAGGGACUCAUGGGCUCUGAUCACUGUCCCGUCUACGGCGCCUUCCACGAUACAAUACAGCUCAAUGGAGUCCAGAAGCACAUCCUUGACCUAGUCAACCCGCCAGGCAUGUUCGAAGGCGGCAUCCGGGUGCAACAGUGGUCUACCAAGUGUCUUUUACCCAUGUCAGGCAAGCUUAUCACGGAAUUCGACCGCCGGCGUAACAUUCGAGACAUGUUUUCGAGAACACCCUCGAUGCCAAAGAGUGCCAGCGUGGCAGACAUCCCAGCUGCACCCUCAACAAUGACUACCACCGCCUCACAGCAAAGUCCUUCAAGACCCUCGCCAACAACAAGGCCCACGAACGGCAAACGGCCAUCCCAAUCCGAUAUACAAGUGCCGCCGUCGAAGAAGUCCAAGGCUAGCGCGUCGACAACGUCAAACGGCGUGUCCAAAGGCCAGCAAAGCUUGAAGGGCUUCUUCAGCAGUCGUGCUGCACCUCCGCCAGCAGCGCCCGUGGAGCCCGAGAAGAGAGACUCGCCCAAAUUAUCCGACCACGAAGAUGAUUCGACACUCGCCGAGACCAUGGACGGCACGAUCGAUGAGGUCGACCACUCCCCAGCCAAGUCGAUGACUACCGUCACCGAAGAAGAUAUUGAGGCAGCUGAAGCAGCCAACUUCGCCUCCAAGCAGAGCUGGGGCAAGCUCUUUUCGAAGCCCAUCGCACCGAAAUGCGAACACGACGAGCCAUGCAAGACGAUGUUGACAAAGAAGCCCGGCGCAAAUCGAGGUCGAUCCUUCUGGAUGUGCAACCGACCCUUGGGCCCCAAAGGUCAGAAAGAGAGCGGAACACAAUGGCGUUGCGGUACAUUCAUCUGGUGUAGCGACUGGGAUACGCAUACUGGUUGA